CGACGUCGUUUCGUCCUCUGAAUUAUCGUUCGUCGUCGGUGGUAUCUUCGAACCGUGCAGCCGAUUUGGGAGGCGGAGGCGGGGAAACGUCCUCGUCCACGUUCGGCUGCAAAGAAGACGAGGUAACUGAGGGUCGCUGCAGGCGGAAGCGGCGGCGACGGCGUGUCGAUGGCGAUCUCGGGUUUAGGCCGGAAGGACGUCGCCGAGGCCGACGGCUUCUCUUCCUCUUACUCCUCGUCUUCGUCCUUACAAUCGUGCAGGAAUGAAUCCGGGUCUUCCUCCUCUUCCUCCUGAACAGGCGCGGGUGCAGUGAGCGGUGACGGCCCCUCCUCGUCCUCACCCUCGCUGAGCGCGCUGUCGCAUGCGGCGGGCUCGACACUCAGCAAGUCGCGAUUGUCGGUCAUCACUUCAUCACACUGCUAACUGGCCUCGGAUGAUGGGAACUGGGCGAGAAAGUCAUACUUAGCAGCGCGAGGUCACCGCGCUUCAUGCGUCCGUCCUCCCGCCGUCAUGAGCUUUGCACGCAAAGGUUAACCAUCUUCCGCUCCGAAUUUACCGCGUACCGGCGUACCACCGUGCGCGUCGCAAUGCUGUUCAAGGACUAGUAUGCGAGGAGACACGGAGCUGUCCAGCAUGCAGCAUCAGUACGCGUUGGCUUUCUGGCAUCGUGCCCCUCUCCUCCACUCCGACUCGUCCCUGUGCGCCUGCUUAUUCAUCAGAAGCUGCGGUGGACCGCCCCAGACCAACACAUGAAAAUAUAUCGAGACUGCUGCCCCACGUACGCGCACGUCUCGAGACUGCCGCGGAUGACGCCAGCUCAUUCUCAAAGACGAUAAAAGGCGCAAUGUCCCAACGGUCGUCCUUACUGCUCGUUCGAGGAGGAUCGGAAAACUGCACUGAACAGCAUCCCCCAUGUCCCUCUUCGCGCCCGCCCCUCCUCCUCCGACUAACCUCGGCCGCUACCGCCGCCUUUCUCCAAUCGCGGGCGUCCAUGUUUCCCCGAUCCAGCUGGGCGCGGCGAACAUCGGCGACAAAUGGCACGAUAUUGGCUGGGGUGUGAUGGACGAGAAGUCGUCGAUCGCGCUGUUGGACGCGUACUUCGACGCGGGUGGAAACUUCAUCGAUACGGCAAACCACUACCAAGAUGAACGGUCGGAAGAGAUAAUCGGAGAGUGGGCGGAGAAGAGGGGUAUCCGCGACCAGCUCGUUAUCGCCACCAAGUACACGUCUGGACUCAAGCUUCGCGACCAAUCGAUUGCUCAGAAGGUUAACUACGUCGGCAACAACGUCAAGUCGAUGCACGUCUCCGUCGAGGCUUCUCUCAAGAAACUCCGGACGUCGUACAUAGACAUCCUCUACGUGCACUGGUGGGACUGGGACACGAGCGUGGAGGAGGUCAUGAAUGGCCUCCAUGCACUCGUCCUGGCAGGGAAGGUCCUCUACCUCGGUGUAUCCGACACGCCGGCGUGGGUCGUAUCCAAAGCGAACCAAUACGCGCGUGAUCACGGCAAGACGCCGUUCGUGAUUUACCAAGGCGCAUGGAACGUUAUGGAACGCUCCUUUGAGCGCGAGAUCAUACCCAUGGCUCGUUCUGAAGGUGCGCCGGUUUUCUUACCGUUCUUUCACACCGUCGACGCAGAAACCGAGAACCGUCCUCUUGACACGACAGGCCUCGCUCUCGCGCCGUGGAACGUCGUCGCCGGUGGCAAAAUCCGCACAGACGAGGAAGAGCAGCGCCGGCGGGAAUCGGGCGAGAAGGGCCGGACGACGUUCGACCCAAAUUGGGAGCGGACGGAGGACGAGAAGAAGGUAAGCAAGGCGCUCGAGAAGGUCGCGGCAGAGGUGGGCGCGAAGCACAUCACAGCAGUCGCGAUCGCGUAUUUGAUGCAGAAGACGCCGCACGUGUUCCCCAUCGUCGGCGGACGGAAGAUCGAGCACUUGUAUCAGAACAUCGAGGCGCUUAGCAUCACGCUCAAGCCCGAGCAAAUCGAGUACUUGGAGAGCAUCGUACCGUUCGACCCCGGCUUCCCGACCAACUUGAUCGGCGACGGGACCAAGCACUCGUUCUUAAUGUCCGCCAACUCCGUCUUGGACAAGGACCCGCUGAUCCAACCGAUACGUCCGCAGUAGAUGGGUUUGCAUAUGGGAAGGUCCUAGUCUUAUAAAGCUCACCAAUGCGUGGUGACGGUCGAUGGAUGCUGAAGCAAUCAGUCCGCGUCGAUCGGUUAUUUGCGGUCUACCGGGCUGUCGGUAGCUUGGAUAUCAUCCGAUGUAAUAAUAAGUAGCGUUUGUCAAACUGUAGCGGGAUUAUUCCGCAAGGGGUACUACACGGACAGAUGAUAUGAUGCUCAUGCCGGGCCCGUCGCGCC